CUUCCCCAGUGUCUCACUCCCUACCUCCUCCUCACAAGACUCGACAAACCCACCGGCACACUCCUCCUCCUCCUUCCCUGCACAUGGUCAAUCACACUCGCUUCCUCUGUCCUCUCACUCCCUCCUUCAGUCCCUAUCUGGUAUAUGGCACUCUUUGGCCUAGGCGCGUUCAUUAUGCGCGGUGCGGGGUGUACGGUGAACGAUAUGUGGGAUCACAGGCUUGACAGGCUAGUCGAACGCACCCGCACAAGACCACUCGCCUCCAACCUCCUCUCCCUCCCUCAAGCAUCCCUCUUCCUCUCCCUUCAGCUCCUAGCCGGCCUCUCCAUCCUGCUCCAACUCAACACCCCCUCUAUCCUCCUCGGCGCCCUCUCCCUCCCAUUCGUCGCCCUCUACCCCGUGUUCAAGCGGCUCACUUACUGGCCCCAGGCCUUCCUAGGCCUUACCUUUAACUGGGGCGCUCUGCUCGGCUGGGCAGCUGUCUCCUCCCCUCCUGAUUGGGCUAUCGCGGGCUCCCUCUACGCAGCCGGGUGGUGCUGGACGAUCGUGUACGACACUAUCUACGCCCAUCAGGACAAGUCGGACGACACAGCCGCAGGGAUCAAGUCCACCGCCUUGCUCUUCAACACCCAUACUACCCCAAUCCUGACCCUCUUCUCAGGGGGCAUGCUCGCCUCCCUCUCCCUAGCAGGUUACCUCGCCUCCUGUACAUGGGCCUACUAUGCCGGCCUAGCAGGGGCAGGCUGGGGUCUGGCCCGGAUUGUGAGAGGCACGGAUUGGCAGAGUAGGGAGAGCUGUUGGGAGGGGUUUAGGGGGAACGUUUGGGUUGGGACGGCGGUGAUGGCGGGGGUUUGGGCGGAUUAU